GCAGCGUCCGUUGCUCACCUUCUUGUGCCCGUGUGUCACGUAAGACGAGUUACCCGUACGAGCGACACUUUUGAAGUCGAAAACGGUCGACAGAGUUAAUGUUAACGCGGACACGAGAGGCUGAUUUUACUGAGCGUGCCGCCAAAAGAAUCGCAUCAGAAAGCGCAAUGUCGAAGGACGAAAAGGAGUCUAUAAUUCCGGAUAUCAUAUGCGACGUCAAGACUGGGACAAAUUACCUUAAAGGUCGUUUUUUCGGAAAGGGUGGCUUUGCAAAAUGUUACGAGAUCAGAGAUUCGGAGACGCACAGGAUUUAUGCCGGAAAAAUUGUGCCAAAGUCAUUAAUGAACAAGAGCAAUCAACGAGAAAAGAUGACACAAGAAAUUUCUAUCCAUCAAAGUCUAAGUCAUAAACAUGUGGUUGGUUUCUAUGGAUUUUUUGACGAUCCACAUAAUAUAUACAUUAUUCUGGAACUCUGUCGUAAAAGGUCAAUGAUGGAAUUACAUAAGCGGAGAAAAGCCUUGACAGAAUGUGAGACAAGAUACUACAUGAAACAAAUCCUCGAAGGUGUGCAUUAUUUACAUAAAAACAGAAUCAUUCAUCGAGAUUUAAAAUUAGGAAAUUUGUUCUUAAAUGACGAUCUUCAAGUCAAAAUUGGUGAUUUUGGUCUGGCAACAAAACUUGAACAUGAUGGUGAACGUAAAAAAACAUUAUGUGGGACACCAAACUACAUAGCACCUGAAAUUUUGAAUAAAGUUGGUCAUUCUUAUGAAGUCGAUGUAUGGAGCAUUGGAUGCGUCAUGUACACUCUUUUGGUUGGCAAGCCACCAUUUGAAACGUCAAGUUUAAGAGAAACAUAUGCUAGAAUUAAGCAAGUUCAGUACAAAACACCGGCUACCCUAAGUAAAACAGCCAUAACUAUGAUUUCGAGUACGUUGCAAGGAAAUCCUGCAAAACGACCCAGUGUAGCCAGAUUAUUAAAAGAUACUUUCUUCUUUUCUGGUUUCAUGCCAUCGUCACUGCCUUUGUCCUGCCUAACAAUGGCGCCAAGAUUGGAUAUGCUAGAAAUGCACAAUCAACGCAAGCCUUUAUCUGAAAUGAACUCUAAUGUUAGCGGUGAUGGAGAGUACAUUUUCCGCGUGCCAAGCAGUCCUGCACCAAAAUCAAAGCAGGUAGACAAUGUAACGAAUGUACAAAAGUUAAAUCUGGACAUUAAGAAAAUGCUUCAGACAUUGAAAGAACAACUGGCAGCUGUGCUAAAAACCAAUCCUGCUCGAAAAACUGCAUGUUCUACAGAUGAGAUGACUGAUCCCGAUGCCCAGCCUGUUAUUUGGAUUAGUAAGUGGGUCGACUACUCGGACAGGUAUGGCUUUGGAUAUCAGCUUUCCGAUGAUGGAGUUGGUGUCAUGUACAACGAUGGUACCCGCCUCAUUAUGCUCCCGAAUGACUACAAUGUACAUUACAUCAAUCGUGAAGGCGAUGAAUUAUACUAUACCAUUGACAAUUACCCUACCACUUUGGAGAAAAAGAUGAGGCUCUUGAAUUUCUUCCAAAGAUACAUGAAUGAACAUCUUAUGAAAGCUGGAGGAUCGGUAGCUGUCAAACAAAGUGAUUCAAUAUCUAGGAUACCUUACAUGCAUCAAUGGUUCAGAACACAAACUGCAGUGGUCAUGCAUUUAACCAACGGAUCCAUACAGAUAAAUUUCUUAGACCACUCAAAGAUUAUAAUGUGUCCAUUGAUGGCUGCUGUUACCUACAUAGAUCAAGACAAAAAUUUUAAAACAUACAGAUUCCAGACUAUCAACCAGAAUGGAUGCAGUUACGGACUCGCUAAAAAUUUGGCUUACGCUCAUGAAAAACUUGGAUUGAUGCUGUCGCAUCCUCAGUCUUAAUAGUUUUACAACGUAAUUGUUAUUUUUGUCUUGACACGGGUAAAGCAUCGACAUAGCAAAUUUUAUUUGCUCGAAACUGCCAAGAAAACAUGUCGAGUGAGUCCAUAUGUAUGUCAGUAAGUUUGAACUUUCUUUUUUUGAUAGGCCUAUAAAACUUUUCUAGAUUUUUUUUUUACGUACACGAGGACAGAACAUAAGCAAGGAAGAAGUACAGAUAACAUUCGAUAGGUCUUAGUAUAUUCAUUUUGAAGACGUGAAAUAUCUUUUUUAUAUUUCUUUUGAUACUCUAGAUUUUAGUGUAUGCAAUUCGAUUAUAUAUGUACUUUUUUUUUAUCAUGAGCUGAAACUGCUCUAGUUUUAUACGUGUCACGAAGAUUUAAUUUCUGGUUGAAAGGCAGGUGGGUGGUAUGGACAAUUGACCUGCACUAUUAUAAAGAAAUUUAGCCGAACAUAACGAUAGUUCCAAAUUCGGCAGAGUGCAAUGUGAUGUUUCAAUCGAUACAGCUUCUUUAAUCUUAAGGUUCUAGUAUAACUAGGCCACCAAAUGGAACUAGUACUUAUAACGUGAGCUGACAGUGCCUUACUUUGAAUUGUUUGUGCGUAUAUAAGAAACUGCCGAUCACAAGCACAAUUAUUCAAGGAACAAAUUGUUGCAGAUACCUCUCCAUUGCCUCGCAGUAGGGUUCGACUUGCAUUGUCGUUUAUAAGUCGUUAUAUCCGUCGUGUCCGUUAAUGAAGUAAAGGAACCGGUUAAUCUUGACUUUACUUAGACAACUAUAGAAAGUCUUUCGAUGAUCUUUUAAAAUAUUGACCAUAAUGUGCUUGUCUAGAUAUAACAUCGGUAAUACCAGACUGCCGAAAUAAUCUUUCAGAAAAGCCAGACGUAAAACAUCUCAUUAAUAAUCGUUUCCGAAGUAUCAUACUGUUUAAGUUAGUCUUAAGGCUAAGCUUUGAAUGAAUUAAAUUUAAAACUGUAUAUAUUAUCAUAGGAAUUUUACAGAACUGUGUAUAAUAAUUGUUAGUCUCUAGAAGAGAGAACUGGCGAAUACUGCAUUACUUAGGCACUUAAUGUUGUAUCCUCUUAAUUUCGUGUAGACCAUUCGUAACGUACUAUGAUGAGCUCGAAGCGAAGAGAAUAAUAAUGAAAUUGCCCGUGUAUGUAGACAUUGUCAAUUAGUGGUUGCGCCAACUAAAGUCCAUCAGAGGCACUUUGUAUCUUGUUCGAAGUAUUAAGAGGGAAUCGUACAUCAUUUUCUCUGUGUGCAUUUUCACACCUAUGAGAGUUGCAAACGGGGAGACUUUGCACCCAAAAAUAUUUGUACAGGAUGUACUAUGAAUAACGAAUAGGUGAAAUCACAGCCUUCCGAAAAUAUAACUUCCCAUGCGGAGCCAGAGUUUUUAA